CCCUAGUCAAGAGUGGUGUCAUGUUACCCUCCAUGGCAACAAAUAAACCUUCGCUUCGCUUUGAACACUAUCUUCUACUUGUAUGUAGCGGCUUGCGACUGAAAUAAUACUGCAGUGACAGGACAAUGGUUUGCAGCUUUUGAGACCGCUGUUACUGGGACCUUCAUAGAUAUAACUGCUCCAAUUUGUGACCUGCUCGCGGCGUUGACGUCAGGAAUGAUGGAUGAGAUGAAACCCAACCUUAACGUUACCUCUCCAAGAUGUGCAAUAAUACGCAACCCCGACCAAUCACAGACUGAGGAGGAGGAAGAGGUUGGGGAGGAGAAUGGUGUUCUCUUCUACGUCAACAAAAGUGGAUUUCCGCUGAAUGACAAGACUUGGGAGAGAAUGUGGCAUCACGUGGCUAAAAUCCACCCCGAUGGACAUAAAAUGGUCACUGAAAUUAGGAACAGCAAAGAACUUCCAAGAGUACCAUUGCCAGUGGUUCCAGUCUUCCCAACCAACACACCAAUCACUGACAGGUUGUGGCUGGUCCAGAAGUACAUGUCAGAUCUACAAUAUAAUCAUACAGGAACACAAUUCUUUGAAAUCAGGAAAAAUCGACCACUCACUGGUUUAAUAGACUCUGCCAAGGAGAUCAUACGGGAAGCCUUGCCCAUCAAGUGUUUGGAGGCUGUCAUUCUGGCAAUUCAUCUAACCAAUGGCAUGCCUGGUGUAGAGCGGUUUCCCAUCAGCUUCAAGUCCCAGUUUGGCUCCACAGUACACAGACACGUAGUGCUGGGGGUCUACUGUGGAGGCAGAUAUGGGGCUCUGGGGAUGAGCAGGAGAGAAGACCUCAUGUACAAACCACUGGAGUUCAAGUGUUUAUCUGACUUAGUCCUUGAUUAUGAAGAAUCCUACAAAAGAUACUUGCAUGUGCUUAAGAAGGUGAAGAUAGGAUACCCAAUAUCCCAUGAUCCUCACAGCUACGAAUGCAUUCAUUGGAAGGCCCUUACACUGAACAUGAUAAAGUUGUCGACAGAUGGGGUCAGGAAGGAACUGGAGAAAUAUUCACGAGAAGUGCGAGCAAAAAUGAAGACCAGUGGCAUUGUGUCAGAAAGGCCACCCCUAGUGCCACCUCCUUCAUCUCCACGUAAGGAAACUCCAGGAAGACUCAACUGAACACCCUCAAUGCAGCACAUUAACACAGUAUUAUGCAGACUUUUGAAGAAGAGUGUGAAUCUAUCCAAUAUGCUCAGGUUGCAUGCAAAGAUAAUCACUGGAACAUAUUCUUUUGUAAAAAUACAUUUGUUAACGUCUGUCUGUCUGUAAAAAGAAAAAGAAAGUAAAAAAUGAAC